AUUUAGAGACCGCUUUUAAAUGAUUGACUGAUUUAGGUGUUUAAGGUUAAGCUGGGGAGUUGGGGCAAGGACCGGAACUUCUGCUUCAUGUCCUGAUGUCACUCAUAGGUGGGGCCUAGGAGAUCCAGCCCCAGCCCCUGGGCACUCAAUAUUACAGUCCUUUACUUGCUGAAUAUAUUUCUUAAAAAACUUCCUAACAAAUGUGUACUUUUAUGCAAGAAGAGAAAUGAAGAACCUAUGAUGAGCUUAUUCCUUAAAAAAUACCUUCCCCUAUUGUGUCAUAAUUUCGCAUACUUAUCAAGCCUGGGGGAACAUGAUAUAAGUAUGUGUAACUGCAUUUACUGCAUUUGUGUCCCUUUGUGUUUGAGAGGGAAAUAUUUGGAAGUGAAAUAUUAGAAUGGGUAUUUUUAUCCCCGAUCCAGUGUGUUCUGUUUUACUCAGUGCUUUACAGGACAGCCGUAGGCAAAGUAUAAAAGACAUGUGGACUGAGAGUAAUGUGUUUAUUGGGAACCUUUGAUAAAAUCAAGAUUUGCUGGCGUACAAGCUCUUGAUCUUUUUUUUUUUGUUGCUGUUGUUACCCAAGGGUAGCUUGCAGAGAAAAGUGUACAAAUCAUCAUGGAUUUUCACAAGCUCCCCGGCAGUCAGUCUGCAAUAGGAAGUGUCUUUAGGGUAAGAGCAAAUCGGGCUGGAAGUGAAUUUAUUGUCAUAGAAAGGAAUAAAAACCUAAGAGGCGGUGAGCCAAGCCUUUUCGACCCUCUGGGCGCAGUUGGGGCCUGCGCCUGCGCGGUGGGCGCUCGCCACUCCGGGAGGAAGUCGGAAGGCGGGAAGCCCCGCCCCUCUCCCGGCUUUGGCUUUUUCGUCAGUUGUACCCGGCCGGCUCCCCCUGAGCCGCAGGCCAGCCGUUCGCUCUCCUCCAUCACUCGGAGCUCUCCGCUGUGCCACCCCGCUGCGCCUGCGCGACCCCACCCCGCCCCACGCGCGGGCUCGCGAUCCAAUUCCCGCCAGGCCUCCGGCCCACGGCACCCGGCCCGCGCCUUCCCGGUCCGGCGGAGAGCAAGCACCAUGCUCUUCUAUUCCUUUUUCAAGUCCCUUGUCGGCAAGGAUGUGGUCGUGGAACUCAAGAAUGACCUGAGCAUCUGUGGAACCCUCCAUUCUGUGGAUCAGUAUCUCAACAUCAAACUAACUGACAUCAGUGUCACAGACCCUGAGAAAUACCCUCACAUGUUAUCAGUGAAGAACUGCUUCAUCCGUGGCUCAGUGGUUCGCUAUGUGCAGUUGCCAGCAGAUGAAGUCGACACACAGUUGCUACAAGAUGCAGCAAGGAAGGAGGCCUUGCAGCAGAAGCAAUGAUAGUUCCUCCUCCCUUCCCCUCCUUCCAUUGGUGACCCUCAACAUCAUUUCCCAGCCCCGGAGGCUUCCCUCCCAUACUUCUUGAGGUGUUGUUUGUUUUUUGAUAGCAAAAGCUUUUUUUUUUUUUUUUUAAAGAAUGUGGAUGAGAGGACUAAUAAUGGAGAACGGCUGUCCUCUGUUGAGUAGGCUGAGGAACUGAGAAGCCUUCCCUGUCUCCAGCACCUGCCUUUCUCACUUCUUCCCUGGAGGUGGUGGGAGAAUCUGUCAAAUCUCUCCAGGGUGGCACGUGAUUUAUUGUGGGGAGGGAAGGAAUCUAUCCCGCAUCGGGAAUAAAAUUUAUGAAGCAAA